AUGGAUGGAUUCGAGCAGAACUCUGAAACCCAGUCGUCGGUGUUGAGUGUAAUAAAAUCAAUUUUUGAGGAUUUCAACUUGGUUGCAUUGUCAGAGGAUGUAUAUAAUCAUGUGCUAGACAUCAUUUCAACAUACACCGGUGAAAUACUUGUCGAUGCCAAGUUCAAUGCUUUGUAUGCUGGACGGCCGCACAUUGCUGAACAAGAUCUGGAUUUGGCUGUCGAAAAUAAGCUUGAAAACGUCAUACUUUCUCCCCUUCACAAGGAACAACUUCUUGAGUACGCUGAAAAAAUAAACUCUCAGGCGCUUCCGUUAAUAAAGUCAGGACCAGGGAUAAAGUUGGCUCCAGAGAAGUACACAAUCACGGCACCAAACUAUUGUAUUGUUUCAAAUGCUAGCACGAGCACGAAUUUCGCAAAUGUCCCCUCCAGAAUAGUGCUUCCCAGUUCAAACUCAGGUGCUGGCCCUGGUAGUCUAGCUGUUUAUCGUGUUUCAAAUGCACCCGGCGGUAAUCCACAAGGUCAGCGUGGAACUAAUUCAGGUACGCUCUCUGAUAUACCUGGGUCUGGAGUUCAUGUAAUAGCACCCGCAAAUGCCUCUGCUUCUCUCAUUCGCGUGCAGCCCUCCACUUUCUCGCAAUCAGGGCAUCCACUGGUGUGCAGCACCACUCCGAAUUCUACCAGCAGUAGUGAGUCUUUCUGUAUCUGUUCGUAUAAUGCGUCUCAACAUUUUGGAACGGGUAACUGUCUCACAGAGGUGCAGAUGUAUCGCAGUAUUCGUGGAAACACUGAGCUAAUUAGAAACAAAACCAAGCAAUGUGAAUAUGACAUUUAUGUGGAACGGGCCGAGCAUAACCGCUGUGAAUUUAAUAAAGAAAUCGAAAUGGAAGCUAAAAUGCAGAUGCAGAUAGUUAACGGUGUCUAUGUGAAGGGUGAAUGUGGUUUGGGACCAGAUGGUGAGGUAAGCAGUGUAUCAAUUGAAAACGCCACGCCGUCGUAG